UAUAUGACAAAAAUCUGUCUAUCCUCCUCUUCAUUAUGAAUCUAGAGAUUCUUUUGAUUGUAAUUGUUGCUCUGCUUGGUGUACUAUCUUUCGAUCCUACUAAACAUUUACCGGAAGAUACAAUAGACAAAAUUGAUAAAGAAUGCAAGAUACAAGCUUACAUUAAUUAUAUUGAUAGACCAACUACAGAAGAAGAAAAUGAAGAGAUCAUAAAAAUUUAUUCCUUAUGCAUAUACAAAAAGACCGGAUUAUUAACUGAUGAUAAUAAAUAUAAUGAAGAGGAAGUAGAUAAGAUAGCUGGAAAUGAUCAAAAAUUAAUUGAACGUAUUCGUAACUGUUUUACAGUAGAAACAGUAACCAAAAAAGAAAUUAUGCAAAUACACAAGUGUAUUAUAUUAAUUUAAACCAUUUGGAAAAGUUUUGUUGUUCUAUUUUAGAUUUUAUUCAAUGUAGGACUUAAAACGAACCUCAAACUCAAAACAAAUUCCUUUUUUCCAAGUUUUUUUUUUUUUUAAUUGAAAGCCAGUUUUUAAAGAAAAUUAAUUAAAUU